UGACACCACCACUCACAUUAAACAUUCCUUAUAUUAUAUCCCAUAUUACAAAUUUCCUAUUUAUGAACUAGACGCACCAAAGUUCUAAAAUUAACAUUACACCAUAAAAAAAUAUGAAGCCUUAUUCCUCACCAUUAGAUAAUUCUCCAUACCCAUCCUCCUAUUAUUACAACUCCAAUUCUAUUUUCAACACUGUUUUCUCCAUUAACAAUUCUACCACAACAACAACAACAUUCAUAAAUAGCUCUUUCGAAACCAUGAGACGAAGGCCACGAACAACGCUCUUAAUCUUCUUACUGGCCAUCCUUGCAUUCGCGGCUUAUUCUCUCCUUCUCUCUCGUGAUGCCGUUUCUCAUUGGCAGCCCGAUUUCGACUUCGACGAUCUUCCGAGAAAGCUCAACGCAAAAAAUCAUGUCUCCGUUACUACCGAUGCAAAUGCAAAGAAAAAUCAUAUCGUUAACGAGUUUCAGCAUCAGCACCAAUCACGCCGCGUUUCGUCCAUCAACUUCAAACAAUCUUUCUCAACGGUUUCCGUUUUGUUACCUGAUUGGGAGAUUCUCCUUCUCGUUUCGCCGAACACGCCGUUAUCUUCCUCCGGUGAAUUUAACUGUUUAUUCCAGAAUAAUAUCAUGUCUCCGGCAAGAUUCUCCGGUGUUUUACCGUUCACGAACCGUACAACGUUCAAGUGCGACAUGCCGGAGCCAGCUCGGCGGAGGAAAAGAUUGGCGCAGCCGAUGUUGGUGACUGGAAGAUCGGAGAAUGAAAAUCACGAUCAAUAUCCAGCGCCGGAGCUUCUCAGAUGGAAUUUUCUCGUGUACGAGUCGUUUUCUACCGAAGACGACGUCGUUUUGUUUGCAAAAGGUGUGACUCAUCGUCAAGGCUACGAUCUGCCUCCAAAGGAAUUCAACUGUGUUUUCCAAAUCGGAAACGGAAUUCGCACCGCCGUAACAAGCUCCGUUCAAGAGGUUUUCCGAUGCCAUCAUCCAGAUCCAUCAAUUUUGCGUUCAAAUUCGAGAAUCGGAGUUUCCCUAGAGAUUAUUCAAAAAAACCUCGUGGUCCCAUCCGUAGCGUAUUACUCACCCAGGCCCAAACCAAGGCCCAAUUUAAAGCCCAAACAAAAUGACUCCCCUUUCGCUUUACAAAUGGUUAGAUCCAAGGCCCAUUUACAGGCCCAUAUAGAAGCCCAGCCCAAAUAUUUCCUAUGCGCAUGCACUAUGGUUUACAACGUAGCGAAAUUCUUGAGAGAAUGGGUUGUGUAUCAUUCAAAAAUAGGAGUUGAAAAUUUCUUAUUGUAUGAUAAUGGAAGCGAUGAUGAUUUCCAUGGAAUAAUCAAAGAGCUUCGUGAAGAGGGUUACAACAUAAGCACUUUGCUUUGGAUUUGGCCUAAGACUCAAGAAGCUGGAUUUUCACAUAGCAUUCUUUACUCAAAAUCAAAAGGGUUAUGCACUUGGACUGUGUAUGUAGAUGUUGAUGAAUUCAUGUAUUCACCUUCUUGGGGUAAUAAUGAUGGUAAUAAUGGAAAUGGGUCCCAAAUAGAAGGUGAAAAUGAAAAUGAAUUAGAGGUUUUACCGUCGUUGAAAUCAAUGUUACCGCGGGAAGACGGUAAGUAUUAUAAUAGGGGUGGUAAAAUUGGACAGGUGUCAAUGAUGUGUUUAGAAUAUGGGCCAUCAGGUCAACGACAACAUCCGGUACAAGGUGUAACACAAGGUUACACGUGUCGGAGAAAAGUGGAACAGAGACACAAAUCGAUUGUGUUGGUGGAAGCGGUAGACAAGAGUUUAUGGAAUGUGAUACAUCAUUUUCAGGUGAAUCAGGGAGAGGGUUUUAGGUCGAAACAACUUGGUCCGGAAGAAGGUUUGGUGAAUCAUUAUAAGUACCAAGCGUGGGAUGAGUUUAAGAACAAGUUUAGGAGGAGGGUUUCUGCGUAUGUGGUGGAUUGGAGACAGAAUGUGAAUCUGAAUUCGCAGGAUAGGACACCUGGGUUGGGGUUUGAGGCUGUUGAACCUAAGGAUUGGACACAGAGGUUUUGUGAAGUUAAGGAUGAGAGGUUGAAAAUGUUGACACGUGAAUGGUUUGGAUCGUUCACGCCUAAUGGUUAUAGAAUGGCUUGGCAAACUAGAUGAGGAUUUUAUAUUUUUUUUUAUUUGUUGAUUGAUUCUUGAUGGAAUGGUUUUUUUGAUUAGGUGGGGACAGGUUGUGAUUAUUAUUCAUUACAAACAAAAUUAAAGAUAGAUGAAUACAAUACAUAGGAAAAGUUGAAAGAAAAUGGAGUGGGUGGAUUUUAUAUUCCGUUUUGUUUGUUCUAUUCCAGUUUUUUUUAUGCACGGAAUAGAAUUCUUGUACUCUUUGUUGUCACAUUUUGUCCAUCCUAUAACUGAUACUGCACUGCAUUUAGUGCUUCUUCAUAAAUGAAAUUUGUUCCUAUGUACUUUA